AGGAGAAUGCAGAACAGUAUCCAUUUUGAAGGUUCCAUUUGAAUAUGGCAUGUGUAGUUCUCUCUCUCCUAACAAUCUUACCGGGUAGGCUGCUUACUUUUACAUUUUUGCUUGAUUGGGUUAAGGUUCUAUAAUAAUUUGAAGUAAUGAGUGAGUGUUGAGGGAGGCAGGGUUGAGGUCAAUUCUAUUUUAAUCAAGUGAUUCAAUUGAAAUUAUAUUACAAAAAUUUAAAGAAAAUCCUCAUUAAAAAUACAUGUACAUGAUCAAUUCUUGAAUUAAAUCAUCUCCUGAAUAAAAUGGGACUGACCCCAAACCCUGAUAAAGGCACAUGCUAUGGUGUCACCUUCAUCGAUUUGCUUUUUGAACUCUAAUGGUGUACCAAACAUCAAGGUAUACAUAACCGUUCAUCAUUCCAUAUCACAACUAGUAUAAAGUAGUUUAGGCUAAUUUCACCACUUUGAUACAAUUUGUUUAAGGUUAAGAUGUCAAACCGCCAUUAAUGCGUAUUGCCUACGUCUCACCCCAUGAACGAAACAGAAAAUGGGAACUCAAAGAAAAUUCUACACAACAAACAUGGUCCUAUGAAUGACAUAAUAAUACGUGUCCUAAAUUCAAGUUAUACAAUACAUUGACAGUUAUCACAAAACCGGUUAUAUUUCUUUCAACUGAAUAAUAAUUUAUAGCUCUAUUAAUUUAUGUUUAUACCCUCAGAAUAUUGAAUCAAUUGAUGAUGAUAAUGAUAUCUGUUAUUACCAUAAGGAUAAAUAUUUGAAUUUUGUUCUAUCUAAUUCUGUGUAUAUUACUAUACAUCAUACCACCACCAUCAGGACAACCAUUCCAUUGCAGUAACAGAUUGUCUGUUAUGUUUCAGUGGUGAUGGGAGAUACCACCGGUUACCUGGGAGAUUCUGUCACCUUGUCUUCUGGAGCCAACAUAUCCUGGGGCUUGAGCAAGAUAGAGUGGUCCAUAUUCAAGAACGUCACCUGGAUUGCAACUUACCAGAAAUCUACAGAAAGUCUCAGAACAGACCGUUUCUGGCAGUUUAAGAGUCGUCUGAAACUCAACUUCUCGUCUGGGGACUUAGAGAUAAGAGAUGUGAGGAAAGAAGAUUCCCUGGUUUACUCUGUUCUUCUUCAAGAUAGUGCGGGAGAACAGCAUAACAAAAAGUUCCAGCUCACUGUGACGGGUAAGGCUCUCAAUCACAACAAUGUACCCGUAUUAAAGAUGCACUCUGUAGGAUUUUGAUAAUAUUUGCCUCUAGGGGCGCACGUGAGCCAAAAACCCUAGGGUCCCGAAAAUGGCAAUUGAAUGCAAGCUUCACCCCCAAAAAAGGUAUUGUUAAAACAUUUCUAACCUGUUUAUCUAUGGGUAACAGGGCAUACGUGUUAUGCUCGACCCGCUGGUUUUUCCACCAAAAACACAAGAAAAUGGCCAAAAAGAGUAGAACCAGCUCACCUGCUUUUACAUUAUGAUUUGAAUAUUAGAUCUUCAAUGUUUCUUUUGAGAAAAUUAGUUAAAAAGGAAAGUUUCACCAUAUUAACACGAGAGUUCCGUUCACGUAAAAGGGUUGACCUUAAAAUGAGGAACAGACAUUUAAUGUGAUAAGAAAUAAAUAAUAAUCUUCAGAAAUUACUUUGUUAAAGCAGCAAAAUAACUAGGGCUUUACAUUGAUGGUGAACACCUGGAGAAAUGUUGGGGUUGGGGUUAAACAUGUUGAAAUCUAUCUAGAAAUCACAGAGGGUGCACAGAGGGACAUGUCAAAAUACGGAAUUUUGGCACAUUCACACAGAUGUAUUUAAUUUUCUAUGAGGUCUAUAUUAAUAUAACAGGCUUAUAAAGUGGAAUAUUUGCGCACAAUUUCUAAUUAAAAUAUCAAAGGGACGGCAAAGGUACUCAUUUUGUGGAAUAACUCUACUGUAUUCAUAUUGUAUUCCCAGUUUUGUUUCUGGAAAAUGCGAUUUCUAUUCUUCCUUUGUUUCUGUUCAAAUGUCCAGAGCGUCUCAGUAAGCCCAACGUCCAUAAGGUCUUCAGCAUGUUGAGGGAGAGCCACUGUGUGAUGGCUCUUCAGUGCUCCUCUUCAGAGAAGGACACCCACCUCUCCUGGGAACCAGUGGCUGCGUUUAACGAUCCCUUCUGGAGAGGGAAUCCCAACACCAACGUCUCUGUCGUCUGGACGUCUUACAGCCCCAACAGAGAUGCCAACUUCACCUGUACUGCCAGCAAUGGGCGCUCUAAAGCCUCCAGGGUUGUGACGGAGAGAUGCCAAGGUACGGUCACUUCUAGGGCCGAGAUUCUUUCCCGAAACACAUGAUCUGACCAGGAAAACAGUGGAGAAUUCAUGAAUCAAUGGGCAGGGAGAUCUUACACUGGUCAAGCUUGCUGUUGUGUUUGUGAACAGUGUUUAUUUUACAGUGAGGUCCCAAAGUAUUUGGACAGUGAUACAUUUUUUGUUGUUUUGGCUCUGUACUCCAGCACUUUGGAUUUUAGCUUAAAGUGCAGACUGUCAGCUUUAAUUUGAGGUGAACUGUUUAGAAAUUACAGUACUUUUUGUACAUAGUCCCCGUAUUUCAGGGAACCAAAAGUAUUUGGACAAAUUCACAUAUACUGUAUGUGUAUUAAAGUAGUCAAAAAUUUAGUAUUUGGUCUCAUAUUCCUAGCACACAAUGACUGCAUCAAGCUUGUGACUCUACAAACGUGUAGUUUGUUUUGGUUGUCUUUCAGAUUAUUUUGUGCCUAAUAGAAAUGAAUGGUAAAUGUAUUGUAUCAUUUUGGAGUCACUUUUAUUGUAAAAAAGGUACUGGGCGUGUCCAAUGGCACAAUUUUAGAGGCCCUCCUCUUGGCCGCAGAUAUAAAAGUUUGCUGUUUUAUAGCUAAUUUCCAGCAAUUCUACACAUUUGGCCAUGGGUCUGAGAGAACAUUUUCAAUUUUAAAGCUAAUUUCCUGCAAUUAUACACAGAAAGACACAUCUGAAGGGGCACGUGCCCCUGUGCCCCAUAUGGGCAUGACGCCUCUGAAAGUUACAGAGGCAUAAAUAUCAUACCCCCCAAAAAUGCUAACCUCUCCUGUUAUUGUAAUGGUAAGAGGUUAGCAUGUCUUGGGGGUAUGAUCGUUGUGCCUCUGUAACUUUCCCACUCACUAUUAUUCACGAUUCAUUGAGGAUUAUCCAUAAUCAUGGUAGAACCCACAUUAAUGUAGAAGUGUCUGAAACAUAUAUUCUUAUUUACAAUACAAGUGAAUCCAAAAUGACACAAUCCAUUAUUUACCAUUCAUUUGUAUUGAGCACAAAAUUAUCUGAAACACAACCAAAACAAACUGCAAAUGCAUCCAACAAGUUUGUAGUCACAAGCUUGAUGUAGUCAUUGCGUGCUAGGAAUAUGGGACCAAAUUCAAAUUUCUUGACUACUUUACAACAAAACAUUUGUCACUGUCCAAAUACUUUUGGGCCUCACUGUAUUUCUGUUCUCUCCCUGUCUCCUCAGAGGAACAACCCAAGCCUGACGUGGUGGGAGAGACCCGCAUCCCUGGAAUUGCUUUUGGAAUGUUGCUCUUAGGAUUUUUGUUUGGAUGUGUUUUAACAUAUAUUUAUUUUAAGAAGUCAGAGGGCUUUAAAUGACAACUCAUUUAAAUGUUUAUCAUUUCACAGUGCCUCUAGAAUCUGAUGUUGAUCUUCUUCAUACAGUGGGGAGAACAAGUAUU